UUAUAAAAAAUUUGUUAGAGAUAUAAUGCAGUUUGAAUUGAGUCACACAAUAAAACGUAUGAAAUAAUUUAUAUUUAUCCGUUUGACGCGUACUGCAAGGUAAUGUAAUUAACUAUAAUAAUGUUUCAUGAAGCUUCUCACGUGCUUUUCAAAUAAAUUGAAAUUGUCCCAAAAAUGUCAGUAUAUUCUACGGAUUCACUAGAAAAUAUUAAUGAAAUUUCACCAAGGAAUAAGAAUAUUUUACACAAAAACAUUGGAUCUAACCUAGUGCCAACCAAAACAUUGAUUUUUGAUUUAUUCCUUAAGCCGUCACUUUCACCAAAAUCUAUUACUCCAUCAUUAUCUCAGAGACAAGACAAAAAUUUGUCCUGUUUCUUUCUUACUGAAAACGUUUCAGAUACCGGAUCUAAUGAAACCACGCCGAGUACCGACAAAGACACGAGGACAGUCGGCAGCAAGAAUGCGAUAAUUGUGAACAGAAGACCCGUCGACGCGUCCAAGCGACGACAUCCGACGUCUUUGGAGAACGGAAAACGAGACGUCGUGGAUCGCCUUAAGAGAAACAAUAAAAAUAGUUCAAAUCGAGAGGAGAACGACAUCGAUAAGAAAAUCGAUACAAAAUGUUCAAAACGGUUUUCAAAGGCCUCCCAAAUGAAACAAAACUGUAAUUCUAAAGAUAGUUCAAUAUCUAUGAAACCGAAUAAAAAGCUUGGAAAUGUGCUCGCCCCGGUGGUUCAGCAGGCGAGGAAAUCAUGCUCCUAUUUGGAGCUCUACCGUCGGAAAUUCAGUGGACCACAAUACAACGUUCGAUCCCCGGAGGGUUCCACCUUGUCGGUUUGCGGGGACAGCGAACGAGAGGAGCUCAGUGACAACGAUAUACGUACGUUGUCUACCCCGAGGGACGAUCAAAGCGAGUUGAGUUUUUAUAGGCGUAUAAUCGAGGGAUCUAUCAAUCCUCUGGCCUCUGAAAAUCGAUCCUCUAAAAUUGUGGAUCAAUCAACGUUUCAAGAUAUCUCCCCCGAUUCGAGCGCCGUUAAGCAGAACACGUCUGACGAUAAAUCGAAGAGGAACCUUGGUUACAAGCCAUAUACCAUAGAAGAGUACAAGGCUUUGUCGAUACCGAAACUCGAUCGAUCUCUUGGGCCCGAUAAAGUUGAGAUGCAAGCCAAGAGAGAGUGGCUGAUGCGGCGAAGGUCAUAUGGGAACUCGGUUAGCGCGCGUAAUCGCCAACGGAUAUUGCUGCAAACGCACAGGCUUAAGUUGAAGGAUACUGUUGCUGAGAAAUGCUUCCUGCCUCCUUUGAAGAAUCGAGAGAUCGAUACAAAGAUUCAAGAUUAUUCGAUACCUAUAACGAUAUUCGAGGAUGAGGAAAUUAAUCUGAGGAAUAGCGAUACGAACAGCGAUAGAUAUUCAAAGAAAAAUCGCGACGCUUGCAAAAUAUCAUUGUCAAGAAAAUCUAAGAAAUUCGAGCGAAUACCGAGUUUCUGUUCCUCGUUAAAUUCUCACGACAUCGUUGAAGAUUCAUAUUUGGAAUCUUUGAGGCAAUGCCAUUUUUAGAAAGGAAGAUAGAGCGACAAGGGUCAUAGUGGAUUCCAACCACCAAGGCGACACUUAUACAUUCAGUCACGCAUAACUAUGUACACUUUUCCAUUCAUACCAGCAACUAGACUGUAUGAUACACCGGGGAAUGCGCGAAACCGGGUAGGCGAAUUCAGAAAUUAUUCAACGGUUUUUGACGUCUCGAGUACACGGCGGUGGCAGAAAAUUUCUAAGCCGUAUUAAGACUUCGCUGGGCAAACCAUUUUUAUCCGCAAUCAUCCACUGAAUUAUCCGGAUGAAAAGAGUUUAGCGAUUAUAGAGAUCAAAGAGCUACUACCCUCCUUGUUCAAUUCAUUUAUUUAUUGGGAAUGGUCUCAUGAAUAUAUAAUCUCGGAUUUGCAUGAACUUAACUUUGUGAAAAGUUAAAAAAAAAAAAAAAGAAAAAGAGAGAGGAAACUUUUGGUUCAUUUUUUUUUUCAAAUUUUUUAAUAAUUUAAGAUUGAAUUGUUUGUUAAUUGUUUCUGUCGGAGAAACUCGUGAAAUUUUUGACAAACCUGAACAUGCAACGUCUGGCAGCAACAGUCUGGAAAGUUUGAUUCUGACGCGGCUAUUUAAUUUCCGCGAGGCAGACUGUUAUUAUCAAGUUCGAGUUUUAACGUGUUUUCUUAGGGAUAGGAGAAAUGCAAAUACGAUAACACCUGUCCAGGCUUUCCUAAGGCUUUAAACGUUGAACGGAAGUUAAAUUGAAUGCGGACCGACAUUUAUUUAAAGGAUAUCGGAAGGAUUCCCUUUAAAACGUAUGAAAUUCGUGCGUGAAAGUAUUAAAGUAGUGAAAUUGAAUUUUAUCUACAUUAAUUAAAUUCGAAAUCGAAUUCAUUUCGUGAUAUGAAUCGUGGCACGAUUAAUAAUAAAAAUAGAAGAAAGUAAGAUUUAAUAAAAAAAUAUGCGAUAAACGAAUCUUUUUUUUCAUUUAUAAUGAUAAAAGUGUCUCUAUAUCGAAAUUUAAAUCUCUAAUAUUACAUUCAUAAUAUCGUGAUAUG